AUGAGAGUAUACGGUACUUCUUAUGACAUAGGAAGCAUUAUGCAGUACACGCCAUUUGAGUUCUCUGUUGAUCCUACUGUCCCUUCUAUGGUUGCUGUGAAUAUCAAUGAGCAGGGUAAUAUGGGGCAAUUGGCAGGACCGUCAUAUCGAGAUGUACAGAUAAUGAAUCUUCAUUAUGCUUGUCAAAAGCUCGUAUUCCAGACAAAUGUCCGUUCCGAAUACGAUGUGAUAACGGUGGAAUUCAAGAUUCACGCAGAUGUGGGAGCUGUUUAUGCCCAUCUGGUUAUGGUGGAGCCCGCUGCGCUCGUCCCCAGGGACCAUCAAUUCGCAGAUGUGGUGGAAAACUUCACGCGAAAGCACUACCACGACUCCCCACAAGGUACGCGAAUCCAUUUGACCAUCGAAAAGGUGGUAAGCACAUGUCUGCCUGGCUGUUGGAGGGAAGCCGCCGAAUUCAAAGUUCGUAAUGACAAGAGAAUUACUGGCAACAGGUAAAG